AAAAAAAAUCGUUCGCUUAGCAUGCUCAAAAGUAUUCCCGGUAACAAACAAAAAUUAAAGUUUUUAGUUUAGUUAUCGAUGGAGUUUGACACUUUUCCGGCGAUGAGAAUUGAGAACACACACCUUGCUAUUCAAUCCUCAUUUCCGAUAAACCAUCAGUAAGAACCAAAGUUGAAGCUAUCUCAGAACUAUAAGCAACACCUCUUAACCAGUAAACAACAUUCCACUCACAAAAAAUGGCACUGCUAGAAACCCAAAUUUCCAACCCCCAACACCAUUCCCACUCUCUUCCCAUUUUCUUCAACCCCAGUUCCGAAUUUGUUACCGGCGGUUUGUUUCUCGAACCCUCAAUUCCCGAUUCCUUCGCUCGUUUCAUUUCGUUACGGCUCCCCGCAGUUGCUUCCUCUGAACCAAUUCUUCACCGGCGGCAUCGGAAAAGGGUUCCGGCGGUUAGAUGCUUUUUGUCGGUUAGCUUGCCGAGUAGUAGUACUGCUCUUCCUGUCGAUCCCAAACCGUAUGUAUUGCAAAAUGGUGAACACGUCUCUGAUAAAGAGACAACCACCGCCGACGGUGACGUUUUGCCUAAAAAGGUUAGGGCAAGAGAACGCGGUGCUAUCAAUAAUACAACUAAGCAUCUUUGGUCUGGUGCUAUAUCUGCCAUGGUUUCUAGAACUUGUGUUGCUCCACUUGAAAGACUUAAGCUGGAAUAUAUGGUUCGUGGUGAGACGAGAAAUAUCUUUGAGGUUAUUAAGUCAAUUGCUACUUCUCAAGGGUUGAGAGGUUUUUGGAAGGGGAACCUUCUAAAUAUUCUGCGAACGGCUCCGUUCAAAGCUGUUAAUUUUAGUGCAUAUGAUACUUAUCGAAAGCAACUACUUAGAUUCUCUGGGAAUGAAGAAACUACCAAUUUUGAGAGGUUUAUUGCUGGUGCUGCUGCUGGGGUCACUGCUACUAUUAUUUGCCUGCCACUUGACACUAUUCGGACCAAGAUAGUGGCACCUGGCGGAGAAACUUUGGGUGGUGUAAUUGGUGCUUUCCAACACAUGAUUCGAACUGAAGGCAUCUUUUCUCUAUACAAGGGUUUAGUACCAUCACUUAUAAGCAUGGCUCCAUCUAGUGCUGUAUUUUAUGGUGUGUAUGAUAUGCUAAAAUCAUCCUAUCUGCAUUCACCCGAAGGAAUGCAAAGAAUCCAGAAUUUGCACAAACAGGGUCAGGAAUUGAGUGCCUUUGAUCAGCUUGAGUUGGGGCCAGUAAGGACAUUGCUGUAUGGGGCUAUUGCUGGUGCAUGUGCAGAAGCUGCUACAUACCCAUUCGAGGUUGUGAGAAGGCAGCUUCAAUUGCAAGUCCAGUCUACUAAAUUAAGUUCUUUAGCAACUUUUGUCAAAAUAGUGGAACAAGGAGGCGUUUCUGCCCUCUAUGCUGGACUUGUUCCCAGCUUAUUACAGGUACUUCCUUCUGCAUCAAUUAGUUACUUUGUGUAUGAGUUCAUGAAGAUUGUUCUCAAAGUAGAGUGAGUAAUCAAUGAACAGAACAGAUGAGAUCUUCAGUUUUAUACGGAUAACAAGCAGUAAUCUGAUUUAUAAGUGAGCAUCUGAUAUUGUUGUGGAAUGGUAAUUUUCAACUUCAGUGGGCUAUAUUUGAUGUUUGCCUCUCAGGGUUAAAGUAAAACCAUAAUGGUCUACCAUUCCAUACCAACGCCAUCACGAUAUGGAUAUCACACAUAUUGGUGUUUUUGAACUGGCUUUACAGUUGAUUAACGAAAGCAUCAACUGUGCAAAAAAAAAAAAAAUUAGUAGCAACUGCCGGAUCCUGAAUCUUAUGCUUGUUCCGUCUACACAUUUUUGUUAAAAUUUUUUUCUUCUGGCAGUUGAGUUGAUUAUUAGCAUGGUCGGUCCAAGCCAGCAAGUCCCUUUGCUUUAGAUUGUAACUCUUAACGGAGCUUAUCUAUUAUUCUUGGACAUUUUUUUGCACUGAACAGGAUAUCCUACUUGUGAAUGCACAUGAUCCACAAUAUAUCACAAACAAAGGAAGUUCGAAAGAGCUUAUGUAGUGGUUUGUUUUCACUUUUCA